AUGGCGCCGACAACAUCAUUGCUGCGCUACGUGUGCAGUCUCGUGCUUCUCGCCUGCUGCGCCCAGGCGCUGAGGUUCGAUCUGCAGGCCACGAGCACCCACGAGGGCAAGAAGGAGCGAUGCAUCCGUAAUUUCGUCGCUAGGGACACCUUGGUCGUCGUCACGGCCAUUGUGGACGGUUCAAAGGGUGACGGCAUGACCGUCAACAUGCACGUAUGUGGCCUCAACUGCUAUGCCCCCUACGCCAUUCUCCUCGAUGUUUGGAUCAAGGACGCUGUUGGCAACGACUACGGAAAGCCCAAGGACAUUGCAGGCGGCGAGAAGCGUGUCGUCUUCACCUCCCACGCAGACGCCGCAUUUGACGUUUGUUUCGAAAACAUCCUCUCUGGCUCCGGCCGUAGCGGCGCAACGAGCCGCCACAUUGAACUCGACAUCGACAUUGGCGCCGACGCAAAGGACUGGAACGCCAUCCAGGCGACGGAGAAGCUCAAGCCCGUCGAGGCGGAGCUUAGGCGCAUCGACGAGCUCGUCAGCGAGAUCAACACCGAGAUGGACUACCUGCGCGCCCGCGAGCACAAGCUGCGCGACACCAACGAGAGCACAAACACCCGCGUCAAGUGGUUCGGCAUCGGCACGACGCUCAUCCUCGUCGGUCUGUGGGGUUGGCAGAUUAUGUACCUGCGGGCAUACUUUAGGUCCAAGCACCUGAUUUAA